AGCGGGAGGGUUUAGUUGCGCUCAGUAUAUGACAGUACGUCAGCAGCGGGAUGGCCGUAGCUGUGGUGGCGGCUGCAGGAGCCGGAGCAGCUGCGGCCGCAGUGGAGGCAACAGUAGCAGCAGCAGCAGCACCCGGGGGAGUUUAAGAUGGCGGCGGGGGGGCCGGCGGCAGCGGGUCUGCGGGAGGAGCGGCGCUACGGUUUAUCUUGCGGGAGGCUCGGCCAGGACAACAUCACGGUGUUGCAUGUGAAGCUCACAGAGACGGCGAUCCGGGCGCUGGAGACGUACCAGACCCAUAAGAAUUUAACUCCUUCCAGACCUUCAAUCCAGUUUCAAGGACUCCAAGGGCUUGUCAAAAUUCCCAAAAAUGAUCCUCCAAAUGAAGUGCAUAACUUUAACUUCUAUUUGUCAAACGUUGGCAAAGAUAACCCUCAGGGAAGCUUUGACUGCAUCCAGCAAACUGUCUCAAGUUCUGGUGCCUCACAGCUCAAUUGCCUGGGAUUUAUACAAGAUAAAAUUACAGUAUGUGCAACAAAUGACUCCUAUCAAAUGACAAGAGAACGAAUGACCCAGGCAGAAGAGGAAUCCCGUAACCGAAGUACAAAGGUUAUAAAACCUGGUGGACCAUUUGUAGGUAAAAGAGUGCAAAUUCGGAAAGCACCACAAGUUGUUCCCGAUGCAGUACCUGAGAGGAAAAGAUCAACUCCUAUUAAUCCUGCAAAUACAAUACGAAAGAUCCAUUUAAACAACAGUGUUUCUCAGCGGCCCUAUAGAGACAGGGUGAUUCACCUCCUGGCACUGAAGACAUACAAGAAACCAGAGCUACUUGCUCGAUUACAGAAAGAUGGCGUUAAUCAAAAAGACAAGAACUCCCUUGGAGCCAUCCUUCAACAGGUAGCCAACUUGAAUCCUAAGGACCUCUCUUAUACCUUAAAGGAUUAUGUAUUUAAAGAACUCCAAAAAGAUUGGCCUGGAUACAAUGAAAUAGACAGACAGUCACUGGAGUUAGUGCUUUCUAGAAAAUUAAACCCAUCUCCUCAGAAUGCUACCAGCACCAGCGGUUCAGAAUCUCCUAUAUGUUCUAGUAAAGAUGCUGCAUCUUCUCCUUCUCAGAAACGCCUCUUGGAUUCAGAUUUCAUAGAUCCUUUAAUGAAUAAAAAAACUCGGAUAUCUCACCUAACAAAUAGAGUUCACCCAACAUUAAACGGUCAUUUGAAUUCCACCCAUGAAAAAAUUGCUGUGGCUCCACCACCACCUCCUCCUCCUCCUCCGCCUCCUCCUCCUGCAGCUGCCGCCACCCCAACUCCACCACCUCUUCCUUCAACCCACCUUCCAGUUUCAAAUCCUCCUCAGACUGUAAAUUCUAACUCCAAUUCCCCUAGCACUCCAGAAGGCCGGGGGACUCAAGACCUACCUGUUGACAGUUUCAGUCAAAAUGGUAGCAUCUUUGAGGACCAGCAGGACAAAUAUACCUCUAGGACUUCUUUGGAAAUCCCACCAUCUGAUUUAAUCCUGUUGAAGUAUCCAAAGCCCACGGAAGAGAAAAAUUCAAUUUCACAUAAAAAAUCUAAAAAAAAAUCUAAAAAACAUAAGGAAAAGGACCAAAUUAAAAGACAGGACAUUGAGGAAAAUGAGAAAGACCUUAAGACAGAAGAAGAAAUUGCCAAGCUAAAUAACUCCAGUCUGGAUCCAAAUGAAGGAGUUAAAGAGGUUUGCACUGCCUCCACAGAUCCUCCUUCCUCAACUAUUGAACUACCGGAUUACUUGAUAAAAUAUAUUGCAAUUGUCUCACACGAGCAACGCCAGAAUUAUAAGGAUGACUUCAAUGCAGAGUAUGAUGAGUACAGAACUUUGCAUGCCAGGAUGGAGACUGUUGCUAGAAGGUUUAUUAAACUUGAUGCACAACGUAAACGCCUUUCUCCAGGCUCCAAGGAGUAUCAGACUAUUCAUGAAGAAGUCUUAGAAGAAUAUAAGAAGAUCAAUCAGUCUAGUCCCAAUUACCAUGAAGAAAAAUACAGAUGUGAAUAUCUUCAUAACAAGUUGUCUCACAUCAAAAGACUAAUAGGUGAAUUCGACCAACAGCAAGCAGGGUCCUGGCACUAGACCUCUGCUUAGACCAGAAGAUGUGAAUAAACUUAAGCUUAUUUAUUUAAAAUUCCAAAUGAGUUGCUCUAAGAUUCUAAAAAGUUGAAACUUUUGUCAGUGGAAAGUUUCAGUAUUAGCAAACUUUGAGUUACUUUUUUUUAUUAUUUUUUAUUUUAUUUUGCUUCCCUGCAUAUUUGAAGCUGCUUUUUCUGGUCCCUUUUUUCCCCCCUCAAGACUUUAGUUUGUCCAUGGAGAUCACUUUUAGAUAUUGGGGGUCCAGUGUCUAUACUUAAUGGUUGUGCACAUUUUCAAAGAAAUAACAAUGUAGCAAGUUGAGAUGCUUUUGGAUAAAUAUAGGCCUGGUUUUUGACCUUUAUUAAUGAGAACUCUUUGCCUUAAUUGGUAGAAGGUUUAGAAAUUUGCACAAAAUACAAAAAAAAAAGUUAAAACAUUGUUUUGGAGGGUUAAGAAAUAGAAGGGUGUGUGUGUAUAUAUAUAUAUGUAUAAAUUAUAUACAGCCUGACUUGAUCUCGAACAGUAAUUUAUCCCUACAAGUUAAACCCCCCAUUGCAAUGGUUGCCUUAAGGUGUUUGCUUGUUGUAUCCAUAGUGUAGUUAAAUCCUUAGCUACACUGCUUCCCAUUUUAUUAAAGCAACAGGGAAGCGAAUUGUGGCCUACCAGCGUCUGUAAGAGUGUGCUUGUACUUACUGUAUGUGUGCAGAGGUUGUGUGGAUGUGAGCAUGCAUGAAGAAAAAAGCUGCUACUCUUAGUAGGCCCAAACGCUCAGGUUAAAAACAACUGACGAGUGUUACUGUAGGUUUUUUCCUAUAAAAUUGCUACUUCUAUUGUGGAAGACAAAAGCAUUUCCAUUUCAACAGUUUGUCAGCUUUAUUAAUGUUGGGAAAAAUCAAUGUUAUGAAAAUGAAACUGAUCUAUACUUUUGGGGCAAAAUUAUAAAAUUAAACAUGUAGGUGACCUAUUUAUAUACUGCUAUAAAGUAUUUUUUUGAAGAGAGAUAUGCAAAGAAGCUAUUGCCUACAUGAAAUGUAUAUUUAAAGAUUUUUUUUUCUCCUGGGUGACAGGAAUAUAACAAAGAACAGAUAUAUUUAACUAUAAAAUACUGUGAUUCAUCAAACAGCACAAACUUUCAUUUCAUGCAGUUUAUCUGUUUACUUUGAUUUAAACUAUCGCUUGUUUUAUCAUGUGGGAACAUAAGUUAUUUGGUCAAGCAUGUAAGGAUUUUGAACUAACGUUGACUGAAAUUGUGUUGUCUUACCGUAUUGUCUUUUCAAAGUGCUGCCAAUUGAAAAGGGAAGCAUUAUGUUUACAAAUCUGAUUUUUGGAAUGUUUGCCAAAAUUUUGGUAGUGUCUUUAAUAAAUGUCUCCAGCAUCCAAAAGAAAAAGAAAAAAACCCAACCAAAUUUGUUGUGUAUCACUGUAAACCAGAAUAUGUUUGGUGUCUAGGAUACUUGAGAUACUGUGUCAUUGUGUCAUCAUCCAGUAGUCAGGGAUGGGAGUGGGGAACUUUCUCUCUAAUGUCCUUCCAGGACAUUUACCAAAAUGAUUAGGCUGUUGGAGAGAAAUGUGCAAAGGUUCUUAACAAGUCUGCCUAUGAUUCCAGCUCUUUUUCAUAUUACUAUAAACAACAGUCCUAUUACUAUGUAGAGCAGAAUUCAUGGUAUUUUACUACUCAUCAUUGAGACUCUUGGUGCUUUCUCUUACCUCAUCAUUGAUACAAUCACUAUUAGAUGUUAAUGGGUUUCCAAAUAUUUAAAAAAAAAAUACACAGACCAAGGGGAAUUAAUUCAGGGAUAAGGUAUAAUUUGGUCAUUAUACAUAUUAUGUUUUUAUCAAUAUGUCUCAAGGGUUUUAUCUAUAAAUAAUGCAGUUCAUCCCAGAAGGGAUUCAUUGGUAUAACUACUUGGAUGAUGAUGAAUCAGUAGGUUAACAAGGAAUUAUUGGCUUUAAGACAAGAAUAUGUGCUUCUAAAAGCUCGGGUACAAUUCCAAAUAUCUAAGUCUGUAAGUCAUAGAAUUUUAGAGCGGGAAGGGACCUUAGAGAUCAUCUUUCAGUUAAAAUGCAAGUUCCAAUAACAGAAAAAGAGAGAAAAGGCUGCUACCUAUGUGUGUCUGCCCAACAUCAUGUACAAGUCAUUUGUCCUCUAGUUGUGAUGCAAGAGUUCCUCUGUAAUUGUUUCCAUGCCAAUUCCUAUUUAAAUAUGUGUUUACAAAUAAGACUCUCCCUGUAGCCAAAAUUUUAUCCUGCUUAAAACUACUACCACAAACAUGUGAGCACAUCUUCUGGUUUACAGGUUGGGUAAUGACUUAAGCUGGAGAUCACAUGUAUAGUCCAGCAUUGCACAUCCUUAGGCUUCACCACCUACUGUAAAAGCCUUAAUGUAGAUGGCAUCCUUUGCAUUGAACAUAUCCAUGCAAAAUGUAUGUCCAUCUAUUGGUUGCAAAAUGUAGUUCUUUAAAUCUACAUAUCUGCUCUUACUCUAGUCUACAUCUCUGUUGAAUAAGUGUAUGAACUUAUCAAAGUGAUAUUUUUUAACAAUAUUAAUCUCUCACUGCAAGAUUUAUAGAUUCUCUCAAAUGGAAGCCAAAUGAAACUUUUCCAGGUGAUGGUGAUGGUGCAGGUUCAGUUACACUACUCUCUGUAUAGAGUUUGAUUCAUUUGAGAGAAACAAUAAUAGCAAAAUAGCAUCAAUCAAGGUUGUCAUGUCUUUCACUGCAGUUACUCUAAAUCAGUUGGAAGCACUCUUUAAGAGUUUUUCUUCUUUAAUUAACUCUUAUGAAAUGAAUGAACAUAUAAUUUAAAUCAAAUCAAAAUGAUACUAAAUAGUUUUAUAAAAGCAACAAUAAACUACAGAUUUUUUUCCCCUCAUUUUGUUGGUUUUCUGUUUCUCAAGUAAUAAAUUAGGAAGAGGGAUCAACCUUCUGAGUAGACAGUCAAUCCUAAUUCUUACAAAGUAGCUGGUUGAAACAAGUUUAGAUCAUUGCUGUCUACUUUUAUUUUUUAAAAAUUCAGUGUUAAUUUCUGUAUCUCACUAAAUCAUAUGAUCUCUAUAAGAAUUUCCUUUUCCCUUGAAGUAUUUAACUGUAUUAUGUAAAGCAAAGGCAGAUUCACAUGUUAAAAGCAAGGUUCUGAAAGGAAAUUUAAAACAAAAGUGAUCCAGCAUUGAGAUACUGUAACUUGAUAGUUCUAUUCAUUCCAUCUUAUUUUUUAAAUUUUACUGAGACAUUUUAGCCAGUUCAUUGCCUUUCUGGCAGUGUUGACACACCACAUAUGUUUGGCAUAUGUCUUCACUACUUUUGAAGUUGUUACAGCUAGCUAUCUGCCUAAGUGUUACUAAAUCCUUUCCUUCCACAAACCUUAUGGGAAAGAGUUAAUAUAGCCAGCACUGUGAAAGGGACAUUUUUGGGGAAGAAUAUUAAACUGACACUAUUAAAGGAAAACAACAGGGGAUGUUUGCAAAGUGUUUUGUAACAUGAAGACUAAAUAAACAAGGCUGUGAGGCUCCUUUCUGAAUUUUUUGAAGUGUUUAAAAAAAUACAUACCCAUACUAUUUCUCGAUUCCACACGACCCAUAUUAGGACUCUCAAAGGUAAAAUGCCACAGGGGCAUUUUGUUAAGCUAAUGAACACUUGAGCCAUUGUUGCCCCCACUGUUCUACACCAAUUUUAGUUCAAUAAAAAAUGUUAACUUUGCAA